UUCUUUUUCUAGCUUCAAAAUCAUUUUCUUUGCAACAAAAGACGCCUCCCCAAAGUGCGAAUUAUUAAAGCCCUCGCUUUCUUCCUCUUCUCAAUCAAUAAACCUCAAAGAAUCCGACAACAUGGGCAAAGAUCGGAACGUUUCUCCCCCAGAGAACUCCGACGAAGAAACGGGAACGCCAUCGAAGUCGAAAUCGAAAUCUAAAUCUGAGUCAGAGUCUGAAGAUACAAAGCCCAAAAGCCAUAGCAAAAGCGACAAAGGGAAAAAACAAAGCAAAUCACGAAGAAGACACAACAGAAGCGAUAGCAGUGAAGAAGAUUCGUAUUCGGAUUCAGAAUCCCAAUCGGAUUCCGACUAUUCGGAAUCGGAAUCAGGGUACUCGGAUUCGGAGGAGGAGAGGAGGAGGAGAAAGAGGAAGAGAAGAGAGAGAGAAGGAAAGGAAAGGAAAAAGAGGAGGAAAGAGAAGGAAAAGAAAAGGAGAAGGAAAGAAAAGGUGAGAGAAGAAGAGAGGAAAAGGAAGAAGAGAAAAGAGAAAGAAAGGAAAGCAGAGAAAAAGGAGAAGUCAGACAGAGGAAAGAAAGGUGCAGUCACUGAUUCUUGGGGAAAAUAUGGUAUUAUCAGAGAAACUGAUAUGUGGAAUAAGCGACCUGAAUUCACGGCAUGGUUAUCUGAAGUAAAACAGAUAAACUUGGAAAGUUUGCCCAACUGGGAAGAGAAGCAGUUGUUUAAAGAUUUUAUGGAAGAUCACAACACAGCCACCUUUCCUUCCAAAAAAUAUUAUAAUCUUGAUGCUUAUUAUAAGCGUGAAAUGGAGAAAGAGAGCAAGAAGGGUGUUAAAAAGGUUCUCCAAGCAGAGCGAAUUGUAUUCAAUGAUGAAGAACAACGCCGGCAAGAACUGCUUAUGGCUCGUGAAAAGCAGAAGGAAGAAGAGGUCGAAGCUUUGAAACGCUCCAUGCAGAGUGGAAUGGCACAAGCAAUGAAAGAACAAGCUCAGCUACGGGAAGAGAUGGCUUACAUGUACAAAAUUGGCAACUUUGAGGCUGCAGCUGCCAUACAAAAACGGCUGGAUCCAGAUGUUGCUAUGUAAGAAGAAUGGUCUAAGACGGUGUUAACAAUUACUAUGAAUUCAUGGAUGUGAGAUGCUUUAAAUAUCGAUCAGCUCUAAGCUUUUACAUCGACUGCCUAUGGAGAAUGGUUUCACGAGGAAUUUACCAGGAUAACAGUUUCUUAACUAGCUCGCGAAUUUCCUCACAACACGUUUUAUUUGGAGGAAUAGGAUGUUUUGUAAUACAUGUUUAGUACAAAAUAUAUAUUGUGCCAUGAA